GAAAUCUAUCCUCUACAACAUUACCUGUGUCUCCUCAAUCACAAAGGAGAAGAAACCGGAGUCGUGGUAAUCUUUGCAGCUCCUACUUGAACGGAAAAUUUAAACUUACCGGAAUAUUCCAAUAUCCCGAAGAAUUCGCCGGGAAAAAAUGGACGGAAAGAGAAGAGGCGCGAGCAAUAUGACCUGGAAUUCAGGAAAAUUGAAUUAUCCCGUUUCACCGUUCGAUUUUCCAUCGGCGUCGAUUAACGGCCAGGAUCCCCUAUGGACAAAGGAGCCAUGCUGGAGGGAGAGACAAACUGAAAGUGUGAGACUCUGAAACUGAAAAUGGGGGAAUGGGAUUAAGAUGAAUGGACGAUCUUAUCUAUCAAACAAAACCCAGGAAUCUCGCAAAGUACAAUCGCAGAUUCCUUCUCCCUUCCGGAGACCCCUCAUUCUCCUCUAUAAAUACCUUUCCACUGUUUCUUGAUUUGAAGGCAUGAACUUCGGUGGCAACGACGACGACUGCGACUAGUACUACUACCGGUAGGCUUGAAUUUGGGAAAUCCUGAUUCUCUCGUCGGAGAAUGGCCGGAAUUGUGGCUGUUUUCGACUUCGACAAGACCAUUAUAGACUGCGACAGCGAUAACUGGGUGGUGGACGAGUUGGGUGCGACGGAGCUCUUCAAUGAACUCCUCCCCACCAUGCCUUGGAACUCUCUCAUGGAUAGGAUGAUGAAGGAACUCCAUUCGCAGGGAAGAACCAUUGAUGACAUUGUGGAGGUUCUUAAAGGUGUCCCCAUCCAUCCCCGAAUAGUGCCUGCCAUUCAAGCUGCACAUGCUUUAGGGUGUGAUUUGAAGAUAGUAAGCGAUGCGAAUGUGUUCUUCAUCGAGACGAUCUUAAAUCAUCUCGGGCUGAUGGAUUGUUUCUCAGAGAUCAACACAAAUCCCAGCUUUGUUGAUGAAGAAGGGAGGCUCAGGAUCUCGCCUCACCAUGACUUCACCUCUUCUCCUCAUGGCUGCAGCCUCUGCCCUCCGAACAUGUGCAAGGGGAUAGUGAUGGAGAGGAUCCAAGCUUCAUUCUCUGCGGAAGGGAAGAAGAAGAAGGUGAUAUAUCUUGGGGACGGAAGCGGCGAUUACUGCCCGAGCUUGAAGCUGGGUGAAGCGGACUACGUGAUGCCGAGGAAGAACUUCCCUCUCUGGGAUCUGACUCGCAGAAAUCCGAUGGUGAUAAAGGCGGAGAUCCGGGAGUGGAGCAACGGGGAAGAGCUGGAACGAGUUCUGCAGGACCUUAUGAGCACAAUUCCCAUGGGAGAAAGCUGCAAUAACAGUAGCAGUAAUUCAUCAGCACAGUUGAUUCCUGCAGAUUGGAAGUUCGAGGCGAAUUCAAUCCCUGCCCACGAAGCCAUACCUCGUGUUCUCCCUAUUCCUCAUUGAUAGCCCAAGGAUUGAUCCACUGCUUGCAAAUGCCACAAACAGGAGGAAAAAAAAAACUUUCUGAUUUUCAUUUUUUAGGGUUUUUGGGUCUUGCUUGGUUAAGAAUGACAUCAGCUUAUUUUAGAAAUUGAAAGAUAUUUAGGUGAUUUGUAAUCCCUUCAUAUUAGUUUCUUAUAUAUAUUUAGGUAAUUUGUAACCCCUUCAAUUAAAGGGGAUUAAUUUCCUAUAUAUAUAUUUAGGUGAUUUGUUAGGAUCUUAGUUUACUAUUCUAAACUUAUAUUUUAAUUGUAAAAAUAUUAAUGGGAAGAUACAUUUGUUUUUUUGAACACUU